AAGGAACAGAGAGACCAGAAAAGAACUCGAAUCUAAAAUUCUUAGUAGCAGUUAUGGAGGAGUCUAGGAGAAAAAGAAGAGAACUCAAAUCCGAAAUUCUUGAAAAGUUUGGAGAGGUUGUAUCUGCCAUUAGAGAAGCAAAAUAUGUCAACCAAGUUAUAUGUAUUCUUCACUCCAUUGCAGUUCAGCCUUUCCCAAUAGAUUCAUCUCGUCUAACAGGAUGCGUUGAUAGUCGCUUCAGGAAUCAGCUCCUCAGCGGCAGGAUUUCUUCCCCUUUUGAGAGGGAUGAAUGGUGGGAUGUUUUCUAUCAUGGAGCAGCAUUUUCGACUCUGGCUAUGGUUUUACUAUAUAAUGAAGAAUCUCUUAAAAAUUUUACUGACAAGGUGGAGAAAGUACUUGAAGAAUCCACUGCAUAUGUCGCCAUGGAAGGAAAUGAAGAGACUGUGUUUGUUGAUGAACUACCAACCAACGAUUGUAGACGCUAA